AUGACCGACCGCCCCACCAUCCUCCUCAUCGGCACCUGCGACACCAAAUGGGCCGAACUGCAACACACGCGCCAACAGCUGCUCGCAACCCCGACCACCCCCCGCCCAACCGUCUUACUCCUCGACAUCGGGCGUGAGCCCUCUCACCACAAAGAGAUCAGCUUCCCUCACCCCACCCUCCCCUGCCACUUCGACAUCGAGAACGAUGCCUCCGAACCGGAACCGGAACCCAACGACUACGCCUCGCUCCCGCGCCAACUCUACCUCGAAGCCGCCACCGCGCGCACCCAGCGCACCAUCACCCACCUACGCGCCCGCAACCAGCUACACGGGAUCCUGGCCCUCGGCGGCAGCUGCGGCACGACCGUCGCGACCGCGGCCAUGCGCGCCGCGUGCCCGAUCGGGUUCCCGAAGGUGAUGGUGUCGACGAUGGCGAGCGGGGACAUCGGGCCGUACGUCGAGGAAACCGACCUGACGAUGAUGUACAGCGUGGUGGACAUCGCGGGGACCAACGGCAUCCUGACCCAGAUCCUGGCCAACGCGGCCGCGGCGACGGCCGCGAUGGCCGCCGUGCAGUUCCGGCGCGACCAGCCGGACGCGCGCCAACGCCGCCAUCCCCCGGAGUACCGGGCCGCCCAGGCACUCUGUCCAAUGGUCCCCGGCGCCGACAGAUCCCAGUGGCCCCGUCCCGCCGCCCCCACACGGAUCGGAAUCACCAUGUUCGGCGUGACCACGCCGUGUGUCACCGAGAUCCAGACGCUGCUGGCGGCGUCGCCGACGGCCACGGAGGUGUUCGUCUUCCACGCGACGGGCGCCGGCGGGAAGGCCAUGGAGCGCCUGGUCCGCGAGGGCGAGCUGGACGCCGUGAUCGAUCUGACCACCUCCGAGGUGGUCGAUGAGCUGGUCGGCGGCGUGCUCUCCGCGGGUCCGGAUCGACUCGAUGCUGCCGCCGCCGCGGGCAUCCCGCAGGUGGUCAGUGUGGGGGCUUGCGAUAUGGUCAACUACGGGCCCCCGGGGACGGUGCCGGAGCGGUUCAAGGGACGGCGGAUUUGGGAGCAUAACUCUACUGUUACGUUGGUGCGGACGAGUCCGGAAGAGAAUCGGAGGGUCGGGGAGUUUCUGGUCGAGAAGUUGAAGAAGGCCAAGGCGCCGGAGAAGGUGGUCGUCGUGCUCCCGACAGGGGGGUUGAGUAUGUUGGAUGUCGAGGGCGGCGUGUAUUGGGAUCCCGAGGCGGAUGCGGUGCUGUUUCGCACGGUGGAGGAGGGGUUGCGGGGGUCCGGGGUGGAGGUGGUCAGGAGGGCGGAGGACGUGAAUGCCCCGGCGUUUGCGAGGGGGUUGGUGGAGGUGUUGGGGCGGGUGAUGGGGUGUCGGUUGGUUUGAUAUUGCCGUUGGUGGAAGUAGGUAUGCAAGUAGCAGGUCUAGAUUGUCUUGUCAGGCUGAUUCACCGGAGGUGCAAGAAUGAUACUUUUGUUGCUAUAUGCAUGUGCAUGUGCAUGUCAACCAUCCAGCUGAUGGGCAAUGUAUCCGUGGAUAGUGUGAUAUCUAUGAUGAUAGUAUGGUGUCUAUGGUAAGUAGCAUGAUAAAAG